AUGAGCGCUCCAGUUGGUUCAGCAUGGAAGGAUCAAACCCUCAGUGCAAUUGCUCCAAAGCCCCUUUCUUCAUCCUCACCCUCAGAUGUCCCAACGCCCUCGGACUACGCUGUCCUGAAAUCUAAGUCUUGUCUCGCAUGCCGCAAAAGAAAGGUUAAGUGUGACAGACAACUUCCCUGCGCAAACUGCUCGCGAUGGUCCAUCGAGUGUAACUUUCCGUCGCCGAUCCGCAGAUGCCCACGAGCUCGGAUAAAGCCAGAUGCACGUCCGCGUGGCGAUCAGGAGCUUCAUGAUAGGAUCCACAUGCUCGAAGCUCAGAUAUCGGUGUUGGCUGGAACCGUCAAUACUCAAGCAGACAUGAUACGGUCGUUAGCCACUCCCGGUGCUUCCACGUUUCCAUUAAGCCACACCUGGGCCCAUGCCGUUGCACCGUUACACCCACCUUUGGCGCUGGGGCAAACAUACUGGCAAGUGUUCUUGGAGCGGGUCGAUCCCCUAAUCAAGGUGGUGCAUCGACCCAGUGCAUCCCGAAUUCUCCGAAGUGGCUUGGAUAACCCAGUUUUAUUGAACGAAAGUCAAGGCGCUCUGCUGCAGGUGAUCUACUUUGCUUGCGUUUCCGCCAUGGAUGAAGCGGACAUACAAUCCAACUUACAAAUGUCCAAGAGCACAGCACUAUCCACUUACCGUAUGGCCGCCGAACAGGCUUUAGCUCGUGCAGGGUUCAUGACCACCAAUGACUGGACGACGUUGCAGGCGCUUGUUCUAUUCAUCGCUCUCAGCCGACUUCAGAAUAACCACAAGAGCGCCUGGAACUUAAGUGGUCUCGCAGUGCGGCUGGACUUGUCAAUGGAAGAAGACGGCUCGCAUUUUGGGGCCGAGAUGCGGCGGCGCCUCCGGUGGCAUUUAUGGUAUCUUAACCGGCGUAUCCGAGAUGAUCGAGGUCAAAACUCCAGCGCAGUAAACCAACCCAGUACAUCCUCCGUAGGUGUUGAAAUGCCUCUAAAUUGCCGCGACUCGGAGCUUCGGGCCAAUAUGAUGGUUUCACCCACCAACCAAGACUCGUGGACAGAGAUGAGCUUCUGUCUUCUCCGGUAUGACCUCGCGGCUACCGAGCGGAUAGUCGAAAGUGAUGCCCCUUGGCUCGUCAAGACAAACGCCGUCAGGGAGUGCCAGAGAAGGCUUCGUUCCAAGUACCUGGCCUUCUGUAACGGCACCGAAUCCAUCCACUGGCUCGCCUCCCAUAUUUCAGACGUGUUCAUCACAGAAAUGUGGAUGAAGCUUUACAGCCCCCAGUUCAGCCCCAUAGACUCACCCGGAUCAUCGGACCACGCUUUCAGGGAACAACUAUUCGAUGCAGCCGUCGAUAUCCUAGAUACCAAAAAACGCUUAGAAGAUGAGAUCGCCGCGCGAAAAUGGGAAUGGACGCUCGGUGGGUAUUUGCAGUACGUACCGUUAGCAUUCCUGUUAAAUGAGCUGCUUGGGCGCCCGAGUGACUCUCGGGUGGAUGCAGCCUGGGAGGUUGCAGAGAAUUCUUUCCAGCGCUGGUCCGAGGACGCGAGGAAAUCUGCUGCUGGAGUCACGCUCACAGAGCUCAUGUCCAGGGCUUUAUCAGCAAGGCAGGAGGCAGCCAAUUUACAGGCCAUUGCAGAUGCCUACCUUGUCCCGGAUCAGACUAUCUUCGAUGAGUUCUCUGUGGGCCCGGUUUAUCCUGAUGCGAUGCCCGACGUGUUCCAGUUAGGGCUACCGGCUGAAUGGGGCAUUCAUCAUACCUAG